AUGGAGUGUAGUAGUUUACCACAUGUAACAAAUCCGGUGUUUUCGUAUUCCAAUAAUUUAGGGGGCUGUUCGAAUCAGAUGAUAGCGAAUUCGUAUGAUUGUGUAAAGAUUGAGCCCAGUUUCCCAGAAGAAAUGGGACGAACGCCGAUGAAAGAAAUCAAUAAUAUAGAAUCAAGCAUGCGAGUUGAGAAUGCCGUUCAAAAUUAUGAGCACAAUAUUCCUUCCCCAUACACUAAUCCAUCAUAUUCGGAUAAUUUUUCGAACUGCGCAAUCAAGAACGAUUAUCCUACUUGUCAAUUACCUGGGUAUACUUACUAUUCUCAGAGUGACAUGAUAAAUUAUUCAUUCAUCCCACCUCAUAAUUAUUCAUAUGAUCAUAACUAUUCACCUGCACAUUCGAAUAAUACUCAUCAUUCGUUCAGUUGUCAUCAAACUUAUAAUUGUUAUUCAUCGUAUUCACCUAUUCGAAACCAAAGCCGAGUUUUCCCCAGUAAAGUUGAAUCUCCGGAUAGUGAUACUGAAAACAGUUGCUUUUCGAUCAAAGAUGAACAGAUGAAGAAAAAGUAUGCGUGUACAUUUCCUGGUUGUGAGAAAAGAUAUUUAAAGUCAAGCCAUCUAAAAGCUCAUUAUCGAAUUCAUACUGGUGAACGUCCAUUAGUUUGUGUAUUUCCUUAUCCACGUAAUAUAACUGGUAAAAUUCCGAUUAAUUCAUUGACUAUACCAAUAUGUGGGAAAACAUUUGCACGUUCAGACGAAUUAACGAGACAUUUAAGAAAACAUUUAAAUUUACGACCAUUCAAGUGCAAUUUAUGCUCAAAAUCAUUUAGUAGAUCUGAUCAUUGUAAAACACAUCAACGUACUCAUUUACAUGGUCUCGAUAAAGCAACGACUCCAUAUUCCAAUAACCAUACUAGUAAUGAAAUAAAUAACGAUUUUAUUCAUUCCUCAACACAUUUUAUAACAUCAGCAGAAAUGGAUGUGAAUUCUUUCAUUAAUUCUUUACCACCAACAUCAUUGUCAUCAUCAUCAUCAUCACAUCUGUCAUUUCCGAUGAAUACAGAAUAUUCACAAUCAUUAAGAUUAGAUUCUUUGCCUUUAACAUCCUCUUCUAUAAAUCACAUUCCUCAAUAUGAACACUACAAUAAUUAA